AGAAGGGGGGAGGGAGGGACUCACCUAGGCGCAGAGACCGGAAAUGGACCCGCGGGCGGCUCCGUGGCGAGGCUGGCGCAGGUGGAGCUGAUCAGAAUAAUGUUCAGCAUCAACCCUCUGGAGAACCUGAAGCUGUAUAUCAGCAGCCGCCCACCUCUGGUGGUCUUUAUGAUCAGCGUCAGCGCCAUGGCCAUAGCCUUCCUGACUCUGGGCUACUUCUUCAAGAUCAAGGAAAUUAAGUCACCGGAAAUGGCAGAGGAUUGGAAUACUUUUCUGCUGCGGUUUAAUGACUUGGACUUGUGUGUAUCGGAAAAUGAAACUUUAAAGCAUCUCUCAAAUGAUAGCGCAGCCUCAGAGAGCACAGUGACCAGCGGGCAGGCCAGAGUGUCCACCCAGUCCCCCCAGGCCAUGGAGGACUCAGGCCCUGUUAACAUCUCAGUUGCAAUCACCCUCACUCUGGACCCCCUCAAACCCUUUGGAGGCUUCUCCCGCAAUGUCACCCAUCUGUACUCAACCAUCCUGGGACAUCAGAUUGGACUUUCAGGCAGGGAAGCCCACGAAGAAAUCAACAUUACCUUUACCCUUCCCACAGCUUGGAGCUCGGAUGACUGUGCUCUUCAUGGCCAUUGUGAGCAGGUGGUGUUCACAACCUGCAUGACCCUCACGGCCACCCCCGAUGUCUUCCCUGUCACUGUACAGCCUCCACACUGUGUUCCUGACACGUACAGCAACGCCACACUCUGGUACAAGAUCUUCACAACUGCCCGUGAUGCCAACACAAAAUACGCGCAAGACUACAAUCCUUUCUGGUGUUACAAGGGGGCCAUUGGAAAAGUGUAUCAUGCUUUAAAUCCCAAGCUUACAGUUAUUGUUCCAGAUGAUGACCGUUCAUUAAUAAAUUUGCACCUCAUGCACACCAGUUACUUCCUUUUCGUGAUGGUGAUAACAAUGUUUUGCUAUGCUGUGAUCAAAGGCAGACCCAGCAAACUGCGUCAGAGCAAUCCUGAAUUUUGCCCUGAGAAGGUGGCUUUGGCCGAUGCCUAAUCUUACACCUCCUCGUCUUUGGAGAGAAACUGAAAGAACCAUCAUCAUUGCCUGCUGACUCCAGCCAGGGCCUGGCCACUCCAAACACGUGAUCUUGCAAUGUUGGGUUAUUCCAGCCAAAGACAUUUCAAGUGCCUGUAACUGAUUUGUACAUAUUUAUAAAAAUCUAUUCAGAAAUUGGUCCAAUGAUGCACGUGCUUUGCACUGGGUGCAGCCAGAACCCUUCAGCCUCACCCCUGGACCUGAGGGCUUGGGAGAUUUCAGUGUAACACUAGAAGAACUUGAUCUUGCAUCAUGGAGCAGGUCGUGUUUUCGCCAGGGUCACGGUGUGCUUCUUCACUGAUGGGGUUGAGGUUUGCUUCCGUUCUUGUUUCAGCCUGAUAUGUACAAGAUGUUUGAGACAGUCUGCACCUUUGAUAUGAUAUUGCAUUUCCAAAGCCACUAAUCCAUUUUGUGGAUUUUACGUGUCUGUGGCUUAAUAAUCAGUAACAACAACACUACCCUAUUCUUCAUUUUGCUUGCAAGGAAACAUACCUAAGUGGGUUUUUUAAAAGAAAAAUUAAAAUAGUCAUAUUUUAAUACUGCUCUAGUUAGGACAGACUUGUGCUUUCCUCCUGAGUAAAAAGUUAAAUAUUUAAAAGUCACGUAGAUGGAAAAGAUCUCAGUUUCAUUUUCCAUGCUGAUGGUGAGGAACCAGUCUUGUUUGAGUUGGCACAGAAUGUUCUUCUCCCUCUUUCUCUUUUCUCUAUUAUAGACGUUAAAGCAGCUCCCUCACUGCCAAGGGCCUGGACACUAGGCCACAGCUCUGGGUGGGAUCGCCUAGCGGUCCUGCUUUCUGGCGCGCACAUGGCAAUGUGGAAAGAAGAGAUGAUGUGAUUCAAUAGUCAUAAAAGGGUUUAUUUCUUUCUUUGAAAAGGAGAUAAACUUUCCUUUAGAAAAAUACUUUCCCCUUAUUUUUAUGUGAUGAAUGUCUUCAAAAGGAAGAUGGCAUCUUCUGAAUCUAUAAUGUGAUGAGGACAGUGCCUGUAAAAUAUGAAGGAAUGAAACUGAUUUGCUGGUGUGUGUGUGUGUGUGUGUGUGUGUGUGUGUGUGUGUGUGUGUGUGUAGGGUUUUUGUUUUUCUUUUGUGCUGCUGGGGAUUGAAGUGAGGGCCUUGAAUAUACUCGGUAUGUGUUCUCCCACUAUAUCCCCAGCCCCUGAUUCACUGUUUAUCAAGGACAAGUGAAAGAAUUUUCCUUAGAACAUUUUGAUCAUCUAGCUCCGGGGUCCUUUGCCCUCUAAUUCUCUUUUGUGUUUAGAAACUUGUACGUUAUCUAUUUCAGUCCUUUCUUGUUACUUGUUUUUGUUGACAGCUCUUGGUGUUAAAAGUUCCCAUCAUCAUUGGUGUCUGUUCUCCUGCGUAGUGUCAGGGCAGGAGGGCAGUUAAGACCGUGGCCAUGGCUGUUGGCACUGUAGCUCUAUAGUCUGUCUGCUCUAUAAAUUAGAAGGAGUUCCUGCAGUGUGAAAUUUGUUGGCUUAAAGCAUUCUGUCCCAGGCAUUCUUGACUAGAAAACAAUUGUGGGCUUUUAUUGAAGAUUGUUAAAAUAAUCACCAUAGUAACUUGAUAUGUUAAUAUUCCAUUUUUUCCUCUUAGUACAUUUCAAGAGGAGUGAUCCUACUUGUCUAACCAGUUCUUUGUUUCUUGUUCUUUUUGGUAUGAUAUGAUUUGCUUAUAUGAUGCACGGCUAUUUUAGUUUUCUCUUUAGAAGACUUUGAAACCCUUAUGAGACAAGAUUUAGACAGAGCCAUUUGGCUUGGCCUUUAGAAAGGUCAAUAUCCUUAGGACUGUCAGACUUUAGAUCAAGCUGCUACUGAAUUAGUACAGUCCCAGUGAAAUGGAGUUACAGGGAUAGACUCAAUUAGCAGAGUAAUAUAACAGGCUAAAGACAAGUUAAAAAAUCAGUUUCACUGGUUUAUUCAACCGAGCUCAUUGCAAAUCUUAAUUACUCUUAUUUUAAUGAGAGCAAAUGGCUAGAAUCUAUAGCCAAGAGAGAAACACUGUUAGGCAUGAGAAUGUGCCAAAAGUGCCGGAACAGUAUGACCUGUCCUGAGGCCAGGACACACUUGUUAAUAAAACCCAGCAUUCACUGUAGCAGGUAGCUCUCAGAGAUCUUACAGAAACAGCACCAGGCAGGUGUAUGAGGAAGGCAGAGAGGGGAAGGGGUCAGCUGUGCUCUAGAAGAGGCCGCCACAGAAGCCCAGGAGGGACAGGGCACCUGUUAGGCUGGGCUGUGUGCAGGCCCAGUCUGCGGCUGUGCCUCACUGUGGUCCUGGAAGAUGGGGAGUGUUCUGGAGGGGCCAGGCUGUCCUUCAGGGGUGGCCUCACUGCUCACAGGCUCAUUCUCAAGCAUUUGGACUGGAGGGCCAGUGAAAGGUCAGCGACUUCUAUUAAAAUGGUUGUUUCAGAUCAUAUUGAUCUCUUUCCUUUUCCUUUUGUCCUUUCACUGUAUGACUUGAAUCAGUUUUGAUUCUAUUUGUAAGUUUCUCGCAUUGUUAGGAAGCUGCCAUUUCAGUUGCAUUUUCUUUGGCAGUGUGUAGGGAUUCAGCAUCCUGGUGUUGGAACCCUCCUGCAGGCACUGUGGGGUUAUGAGGGCCAGCGGAUCCAUUCCAUUUACCUUGCUGCAUGAUGGUCAGUAGCUGAUUUGUUAUGGCAUUCACUCCUUGAUUAAUUUCUGUGUUUGGAAUAUGUGCAUAUGUGCUUUACAGAAUAAAACAUCAGGAUUUA